UAUUCCUGAAAAUGGCUAAAAAAAUAUAUUAAUCUUUGCUGCAAUUUAUUAUCUUUUGACAUGUAAAAUGAUUUUAUAAUUAAGAAAUGUAUAUUUUAACUAUCAGAAAUAACCCAAAAAUAAAAUUUGUUAUAAACGUUUCAGAUGGGAUGGGGAGAUUUGGGAAUUUUUGGGGAACCAAGUAAGGAGACUCCCAACUUAGAUCAAAUGGCCAGUGAAGGCACAUUACUGACAGACUUCUACUCAGCAAAUCCAUUGUGUUCACCUUCCAGAGCUGCUUUGUUGACAGGAAGGCUUCCAAUCAGGAAUGGUUUUUACACAGAUAAUGCACAUGCUCGGAAUGCAUACACUCCUCAAGAAAUAGUAGGUGGAAUAACUUCAGAAAUUUUGCUGCCCGAACUUUUAGAAAAAGCUGGCUAUUAUAAUAAAAUAGUAGGUAAAUGGCAUCUUGGUCACCAGUUUCAAUAUCUUCCACUUCAACAUGGAUUUCAUGAAUGGUUUGGGUCUGCUAACUGUCAUUUUGGUCCAUAUAAAAAAAGUCCACCUAAUAUACCAGUUUUUCAAAACAAUGAAAUGAUUGGAAGGUAUUAUCAAGAUUUUAAAAUAAACAAAGAAACUGGAGAGUCAAAUUUUACAAAGUUACUAAUCAUGGAAGCUGUGAAUUUCAUCAAAAAUGCCAGCACUUCUAAGAAACCUUUCUUUUUGUAUUGGACACCUGAUUCUUCACAUGCACCAUGUUAUGCUUCCCGAGAAUUUUUAGGCAAAAGCAAAAGAGGCUUAUAUGGAGAUGCUGUGCAAGAACUGGAUUAUGGUGUCGGGCAGAUUUUAAAUACUCUGCGGGCUUUAAGCAUAGAGAAAAAUACUUUUGUUUUCUUUACAUCCGAUAAUGGAGCUGCUUUAGUCAGCAAAGUAAUGGCUGGCAGUAAUGGCCCCUUUUUAUGUGGAAAACAAACUACAUUCGAGGGUGGUAUGAGGGAACCUGCAAUUGCCUGGUGGCCUGGUGUUAUCCCUGCAGGCAAGGUGUCUCAUCAAUUAAGUACUGUAAUGGAUUUGUUUACUACUGCCCUGAAUCUAGCAGCAACUGACCCUCCAAAAGGAAAAAUUAUAGAUGGCAUAAAUUUAAUGGAUUCACUAACUAAAAAUAAAAUAAUUGAGAGACCAGUAUUUUAUUAUCGUGGCAACGAACUCAUGGCUGUGAGAUAUGGCCUUUAUAAGGCUCAUUUCUGGUGCUGGACAAAUUCCUAUGAAGAAUUUCACCAAGGAAUUGAUUUUUGCCCUGGUAUGGAUUUGAAAGGUAUUACAAGCCAUGAACAACUUAAUCAUACUGCACAACCUCUUCUUUUUCAUCUUGGAAGAGAUCCUGGAGAAAAAUAUCUAAUUAAUCCUAAUUCCAAUGAAUAUAAAGCCGCAUUAGGAACAAUUUUCAAAGAAGUAUACAAACAUAAAAGCACCCUGAUUCCAGGAAAGCCACAGUUAAAUAUCUGUGAUCAAGCAGUUAUGCACUGGUCUCCACCUGGGUGCAAGAAACUCAAUGACUGCUUGAAUCCACCACCUUCAAAGCCUUAUAAAUGUGACUGGCCUCAUUAAGAUCAUAAUUUGAAUUUUAUUUUAUAAGAUGUAUAAAUUGUUACAUAUUUGAUACUAACUUUAGUUUUUGUCAUAAUUUUCUAAUCCUUUAAUAUUUAAAUAUCUGUAAAUGAAAUACAAUGUAUUAAAAAUUAGCAGUUGGUAGCUCA